CCCAAACAAGUGAGUGUCAGUAUAGUGCAUCUUCCCAAAUACGUGUGUUUCAGUGUAGUGCUUCUUCCCAAAUAGGUGUGUGUCAGUGUAGUGCUUCUUCCCAAAUAGGUGUGUCAGUGUAGUGCUUCUUCCCAAAUAGGAGUGUGUCAGUGUAGUGCUUCUUCCCAAAUAAGUGUGUGUAAGUGUAGUGCUUCUUCCCAAAUAGGUGUGUGUCUGUGUCAUGCUUCUUCCCAAAUAAGUGUGUGUCUGUGUAGUGCUUCAUCCCAAAUAGGUGUGUGUCUGUGUAGUGCUUAUUCCCAAAUAGUUGUGUGUCAGUGUAGUGCUUCUUCCCAAAUAGGUAUGUGUCUGUGUAGUGCUUCUUCCCAAAUAGGUGUGUGUCUGUGUAGUGCUUCUUCCCAAAUAAGUGUGUGCCAGUGUAGUGCUUUUUCCCAAGUAAGUGUGUGUAAGUGUCAAGCUUCUUCGCAAAUAAGUGUGUCUCAGUGUAGUGCUUCUUCCCAAAUAAGUGUGUGUCAGUGUAGUGCUUCUUCCCAAAUAAGUGUGUGUCAGUGUAAUGCUUCUUCCCAGAUAAGUGUGUGUAAGUGUCGAGCUUCUUCGCAAAUAGGUGUGUGUCAGUGUCGUGCUUCUUCCCAAAUAAGUGUGUGUAAGUGUAGUGCUUCUUCCCAAAUUAGUGUGUGUCUGUGUAGUGCUUCUUCCCAAACAAGUGUGUGCCAGUGUAGUGCUUUUUCCCAAGUAAGUGUGUGUAAGUGUCGAGCUUAUUCGCAAAUAAGUGUGUGUCAGUGUAGUGCUUCUUCCCAAAUAAGUGUGUGUCAGUGUAGUGCUUCUUCCCAAAUAAGUGUAAGUCAGUGUAGUGCUUCUUCCCAAAUAAGUGUGUGUCAGUGUAAUGCUUCUUUCCAGAUAAGUGUGUGUAAGUGUCGAGCAUCAUCGCAAAUAGGUGUGUGUCAGUGUUGUGCUUCUUCCCAAAUAAGUGUGUGUAAGUGUAGUUCUUCUUCCCAAAUAGGUGUGUGUCAGUGUAGUGAUUGUCUCCAAAUAGGUGUGUGUCAGUGUAGUGCUUGUCCCCAAAUGGGUGUGUGUCAGUUUAGUGCUUGUCCCCAAAUAGGUGUGUGUCAGUGUAGUGCUUCUUCCCAAAUAAGUGUGUGUCUGUGUAGUGCUUCUUCCCAAAUAGGUGUGUGUCAGUGUAGUGCUUCUUCCCAAAUGGGUGUGUGUCUGUGUAGUGCUUCUUCCCAAAUAGGUGUGUGUCCGUGUAGCGCUUCUUAACAAAUAAGUGUGUGUCAGUGUAGUGCUUCUUCCCAAAUAAGUGUGUGUCAGUGUAGUGCUUCUUCCCAAUAAGUGUGUGUAAAUGUCGAGCUUCUUCGCAAAUAAGUAUGAGUCAGUGUAGUUCUUCUUCCCAAAUAAGUGUGAAUCAGUGUAGUGAUAUCUCCCAAAUAAGUGUGUGUCAGUGUAGUGCUUCGUCCAAAAUAAGUGUGUGUCGGUGUAGUGCUUCUUCCCAAAUAGAUGUGUGUCAGUGUAGUGCAUCUUCCCAA